AUGGAUCAGCCUAGAGACGAGACGGGCCUUCAGUCAUUGGGGCGUCAAUCAUCGAUCUACUCUCUCACACUCGAUGAGUUCCAACACACUCUUUCUGAGAAUGGCACUAAGAACUUUGGAUCCAUGAACAUGGAUGAGUUCCUCAAAAGCAUAUGGACCGCCGAGGAACAUCAAAAUCAAGCUCACGCGCAUGGCCAAGCCCACCCGACUGCCACCAUCCCCUCUAGCAACAGCGGCCUGCAUUUUCCACUGCAUGAAGCUAAUGGUACUUGUGUAGGGAAUGGAAUAGCCAAGCAGCUGAGCUUGCCUAGACAGGGCUCACUCAGCAUCCCGGAGCCUCUCUGCAGGAAGACCGUGGACGAGGUGUGGUCCGAGAUUCACCGCAGUCGCCACCAUGGCAACGGCCAUAUUCCCAAUCCCAACACUGCUCAUAAACAGCCUACUUUUGGAGAGAUGACGCUCGAAGAUUUCUUGAUACGAGCCGGGGUUGUCAGAGAACAGAAUCUGGCAGCUUCUGUCGCAGUGCCUCCUCAGCAGCCGGCUUUCGGAAUGUACCAGAACAGCAGCCAUCCUACAAUGGGGCCAGGCUUAAUUGUAAGACCGGUGAUGGCUGUUGCAGGCUAUCAGCCACUGCAGACGGGAGUGGGGGACGCAGCAGGGUAUGGAGGAAGGAUGAAAAGCUACUCACAAGGCCCUCCUCCGGAAGUCAGCUACGGAGGGAGAGCGGGAAACGAAAGCGGAGGGGGAUUGGGAAUGGGGUCGCCAGUGAGCCCCUUGUCAGAUGGAAUGGGGGCGGUGCAAGUUGAGGGUGGAGUGGAUGGGAUGAGUGGAGGACGGAGGCGGACCUUAGAUAGGCCGGUGGAGAAGGUGGUGGAGAGGCGCCAACGAAGAAUGAUCAAGAAUAGGGAGUCUGCUGCAAGAUCUAGGGCCAGGAAACAGGCAUACACGGUCGAGCUCGAAGCAGAGCUGAAUCAACUCAAAGAAGAGAAUUUAUAUCUGAAGCGGGCUCUGGAGGAGCUGGAGAGGAAAAGAAAAGAGCAGUACAACGAGGAAGUGGAGGCGCAAAUGCAGUCAAAGUCAUUCAAAGGUAGUGAGAAGCUAAGAGCAAUGAGAAGGAGUUUGAGUUCAGAUAAAGCGAGUUGGGGUUUGAUAUUUACAUCAAUGGCUACAUGCACUUCCCCUUAUUUUACACCUCCGGAUGCUGGGAGGCGGGCCGGGGUAUUGACUGUUCUUGGAGGGAGAAUUUCCCCAUUGAAAAUUGUUGAAGAAAGAAAUGGGUUUUCUGGUGUAACUCAAAAAUGUGGUUCAGGUCUCCCACAGUUGAAAUGUUCGGCCAAUUCCCAUAGUGUGAAUCAGUUUCAUAGCAAGGACUCGUUUCUGAACCUACACCCUGAGAUCUCGAUGCUUAGAGGUGAGACGAGCACUACCAUGAUCAACCCAAGACAGGAUUCUUCAAGUGAAAAUGUUACUGAGAGUGUGAGAGACUUAUCUAGUUUGAACAAUUAUAGUGAAGCCAAGAUCAAGGUUAUUGGCGUUGGAGGUGGUGGAUCCAAUGCUGUUAACCGUAUGAUAGAGAGUGAAAUGAAGGGGGUUGAGUUCUGGAUAGUUAACACUGACAUCCAAGCCAUGAGGAUGUCACCCAUCUUUCCUGAGCAUCGUUUGCAGAUUGGUGGAGAGCUUACUCGAGGACUUGGUGCUGGUGGGAACCCAGAAGUUGGUAUGAGUGCUGCUAAUGAAAGCAAAGCAGCAAUAGAGGAGGCAGUUGAUGGAGCUGACAUGGUCUUUGUGACUGCUGGAAUGGGUGGGGGAACAGGCACCGGGGGAGCCCCUGUAAUUGCUGGAAUUGCAAAAUCCAUGGGCAUUUUAACUGUUGGUAUAGUCACCACUCCAUUCUCUUUUGAGGGACGAAGAAGAGCUGUUCAAGCCCAAGAAGGAAUUGCAGCUUUAAGAGAAAAUGUUGAUACCCUCAUUGCCAUUCCAAACGAUAAAUUGCUCACUGCAGUUUCUCCAUCCACACCAGUAACAGAUGCAUUCAAUCUUGCUGAUGAUAUUCUUCGACAAGGAGUUCGGGGUAUCUCUGAUAUUAUCACGAUUCCAGGGCUAGUAAAUGUAGAUUUUGCAGAUGUGAGAGCUAUUAUGGCUAGUGCCGGUUCUUCAUUAAUGGGAAUUGGAACUGCUACAGGAAAAACCAGGGCAAGAGAUGCUGCACUAAAUGCCAUUCAAUCUCCUUUACUAGAUAUUGGUAUAGAGAGAGCAACAGGAAUUGUGUGGAAUAUAACUGGUGGCAAUGAUCUAACAUUGUUUGAGGUAAAUGCUGCAGCAGAGGUCAUAUAUGAUCUUGUGGAUCCAAGUGCCAACUUAAUUUUCGGUGCUGUAGUAGAUCCGUCUAUAAGUGGUCAAGUGAGCAUAACUUUGAUAGCCACUGGUUUCAAACGUCAAGAAGAAGUUGACGGGAGGAAUCCCCAGGCAAAUCUGGUUGGGCAAGCAUAUUCAAACAGACGGUCUUCGUCGUCGUUUCUAGAAGGCGGUGCUGUGGAGAUACCUGAGUUCUUGAGGAAGAAAGGACGGUCUCGCUAUCCAAGAGCUUAAUUACUUGCUCAUUUCUUAUCAUGCUUUCUGUAUAGGAUAGGAUUUUGGUUUUUCUUUCAUUCAGUUUAUUAGCUCCACAUCCUGUCAAAUAAAACGAGGAUAUUUUUAAAAUUUUAUAUGUAUACAAGCUAUCUACUUUUCUUUCAAA